CUUCCUCCGGUAACUCUCUCUGCUCUGGCCACAGACUUCCUUUAGGUCAGCCCGGCUCUGGCCGCGACACAACUCCCAGUCCAGUCACACGGUUGUACCGCCGAGGAUGCCCCGGAGGAGGGAGAUGCCCGCCCGAACCUGAGGCACCGCUCAGUCUGGCAAUUCGAGUCUCCAGGAAUACCAGAGAAGCCUUUCCAGGAAUGCCAGAGAAGCCUGUCCAGAUGAGAGGAGGCAGGAGAUGGAGUUACAAGGAUGAGGAAUGAGGAAUACCACACAGUCCAUGUUGGCCCAGAGCUGGCAUACAGCAUGGCAUACACCUGUUUCCUACAGGGAAUAAAGUGCACCCGUUCAAGUACACUUUGAUGUGUGUGUCCUGAUGGCUUUUGUAUCCCCACAGACAGUCCAUCCCCAUGACUCUGUUGCUCUGCUGUACCCAUCAGCUGCUUAGCAGCCCCACGAGGUGCAGGGUACUGGGGCACUGCUACCAUGAAAGACAUUUUUAAGCACAGGGUGCCGAAGACCCACCCGUGUCAGGAGUGUGGGAAAUCCUUCAGCAAGAAGGGAAACCUGAGGAGACACCAGCAGAUCCACACGGCCGAGGAGCUGUUCACCUGCGGGGAGUGUGGGAAGCACUUCACCACCCAGGGCCACCUCACCACCCACCAGAGCAUCCACACGGGAGAGAGACCCUUCUGCUGUGGGGAGUGUGGGCGCUGCUUCUGCCUGGAGAUGUGCCUGGCUGCCCACCAGAGGACACACGCCAAGGGGGGCCCCUUCCCCUGCGCCCACUGUGGGAAGAGCCUGAGCACCAGGAUCUACUUCAACACCCACAUGCACACCCACAGGGAGAGGAGGCCGUUCACCUGCACGGAGUGCGGGAAGAGCUUUGUGAAGAAGGGCACCCUCACCACCCACAGGGAGACCCACAAGAGGGAGAAGCCCUUCAAAUGCCCCGAGUGCAGCAGGUGCUUUGGGCAAAGGGCCACGCUGGUGGCUCACCAGAAGAUCCACCUCCGGGGGGGACCCUUCAUCUGCACGGAGUGUGGGAAGAGCUUGAGCACCAAGAGGUAUUUCGAUGUCCACCAGAGGAAUCAUGCUAAGCAAAAGGGGCACAUCAACAGCGUGUCUCUCCGGGUCAUCCAGGUUAAAGAGGAGCCUAAGUAUGCCCUCAGGUCAGAGGAGAGUGUGUUGGAGAAUAUGGCUCAUGAAGGAGAUGUAGCCCAGGGGUGUAGCAUACCUAGAAACCCAUCUAAUCCAAAAAACCCUCCUUGGAAAAUCCAGGUGAAGGAGGAGCCAGAGCCACCCACUGAUGACACAGCAAGCACUACUGCAGUGGCCUGCCAGAAACCUUAUGUCAAGGAAGAGCCACCAGAAAACCCGGACUAUGGAAAGCUCUUUGAUCCAAAGAUCCCACUGCUGGCUUUACAGGGGAGACAGCCUAAAAAGGAAGAAGAUGCUGAUGGGCAGCACGAACAGGAAGUCGCUAUAACCAGUAACCACGUGCUCCAUGUGAAGGAAGAACCAGAGGAAAGCACUGACUUUGGGAUGCAUUAUGGACAGAAGCCAAAGCUCAGUGCUAUCCAAAGGAUCCAGAUUAAAGAGGAACCUGGUGUGGAGGCCAACCACCAGGAGAGCUCAAAGAGGAAGCAGAAGAAACGCUGCCAGUCCACCAAAGAGGGGAUGCUGGAGAACCAGGAGAAAUCCACAUCCAAGAGAGAUCCCUCAGCAAAAGGAGCUCUCAGGGGUGAGCGGAUGUUUCCCUGCCCCGAGUGCGGGAAGAGUUUCAACCAGAAGUCGAACCUGACCAGGCACAGGAAGAUCCACACGAGCGAGGGGCCCUACAAGUGCGGGGAGUGCGGGGAGAGCUUCCGCAUGAGCCGCAAGCUGGUCCGGCACCAGCGCGCCCACCUGAGCGAGCCCUUCAAGUGCCCCGAGUGCGGGAAGAGCUUCACCCAGCGCUCCAACCUGGUCCGGCACCAGAGGAUCCACACCAAGGAGGAGCCCUACCAGUGCCCAGAGUGCGAGAAGACCUUCAACCAGAAGGCCAACCUCUUCCGCCACCAGUCGAUCCACGUCCGCAUGGGGCCUUGCAAGUGCACCAAGUGCGGGAAGUGCUUCCCGCAUAAACGCCUCCUGAUCAAACACCAGCUGCUCCACUCCCGGGGGGGAGCCUACAAGUGUGGGGUCUGUGGGAAGCGCUACCGGCUGAAGAAGUACCUGAAGAGGCACCAGAAGAUCCACGCGCGGGAAGGAACUGCUCCCUGCUCAGAGCUUGGGGAGACCACAGAGACUGGACCCCACCACGCUGAACAGAGGGCACUGGCCCCCAUGAAGAGUGAAGAGGAGAGCUGAGCAGUGGGAUGCCUGCUCCUGUGGGAAAGUCCUUUGGGAAAGGGGAGAGAUGGAGACAAACUGCUUGCCUUAUGUGUGAGGGUGGGUGGGUCAACCUGAAGGUUCAGCGGGGUCAAGGGGCAGA